AUGAGUUCGAAAGUAGCUAAAUUGGGGCUAGCUGCUAUUCUUGCUUAUGGCAUAUUUGAUGGUGUCACCUAUACUAGUUUCUUUGUGCUCGCGUUUCUUGGGUAUGAGAAAAGCACUGGCAAGAAUCCUGCAGCCAAUCUUCAAGCUCUGUUAGGGCCCUUUGAUUUUGCAUGCGCGGGAGAGAAGAGUAUAAAUCGCACUCGUGAAGAAAUGACGCCUAGUUUGAAUUGUGGUGGAGAGAUUGGGGAAAUAACUGUGGAGAGGCAUACAGGGGCAUCCAUGAUGGAGCAGCUGGUGCCGGAGAUCACUACACAUGCCCUUAGCUACUUAGAUUAUCCAAGCCUUUGUCGCCUCUCAAUGACUAAUUCACAUAUGCGCAAAGCUGCAAAUGAUGACAAUGCAUGGAAGGCUCUCUACCAUAAGGAUUUUACUUUGGAACAAGACAGUUUGACACCAAUCAAUGGAUGGAAGGCUUACUAUGCUGCUACAAGAGCCAUUGUUAAUACUAAUGUUGAGUUUUUUAGAAUCAUUACAGAAAGAUCACUUCCAGCAAUGGGUCAGUUUUGGCUUAAUGUAGAUUAUGUGAAAUGUUUUCAUGCAACUGGAGAGUCUUUUACUGGUUACAAUGCAGUCAUGGAAAGCUGGCAACUAGCAUUUAGCUGGGAGAAUGUUGCUGAUUUCCAGAUUCGAGAUGUAAGAGCGCGGGUACUGACAGAUAUGGCUUGGGUUACCAUGAAAGCUUAUCUCAACAUGGAGACUGGGCCAUUCAACGUGACUAAUGUUUAUGAGUUUUAUAAUGGGAGAUGGUACAUGGUGCACCAUCACAGCUCUGCAAUGCUCAUUCAUGGAGGUGGUGAGCAACAAUUUCUGCAGCAAGCAUGA